GGUCCCAAGCCCGGAUGAGAAAAGAGGAGGGUUGGGUGAAGGGCUGGCUACCCUUCCCCGUAAAAUACAGAUGGCUACAGCUGAAGAUGUAUAGGACACACUCUGCAAACCAAGUGGAACCCUAAAGGAAAAAGAAAGAGAGGCGGACCAUGAAACGCCUGGCGCAGAGAUGUGGAUGAGGAUGGGCCACAGCUGGAGAGGUUGGCUCAGGACUGGGAUGCUUGGAGAACCCGUGUUGACGGACUACGCUCCAGGAGGUGUAAAAAAGUGUUAGCCCGUGAUGGGAGACUUCAGAGAGAGAGAGCGUUCCUAUUGGUUGUUCUACAAAGGCAGAUGCGUGUGCACUUCCUGUCAGAUGGAUGAAGAGUUUCAGAGAUGGAAGAACUUUGCUGUACUUCUCCUGGACAGACAACAGAAAACACACGUACAGUGUAGUGCUCAGCUCGUCGCUGCACAUCCAGACUCCAAUCACCAGAGCAAAGUAGCACUGAGGAUUUACAGCAGCUUUACUUUCGGAGGACUUCACAGGAAGAAGGGAGGAUGCUAACAUCUGAAUAAAUAUUUUCCCUCCUUCCCCUCGUCUCCAUUUAUCAUAUCAUCCCCUCUUCCCCUAAUUUCCCUCUGUCCAUGUGUCCUCCUCUCCUCCUCCCUCCUCCUGCUCUCUCCUCUUCCUCUCUGUGAUCUUCUCUCCUUCCUUUCCUUCUCAUGUGCUCCUCUUCUCCUUUUUAACACCUCUCCUUCCUCCCUUCCUCUUCUCUUCACCUCUCAUCCCUUUUUUCCUCCUCCCCUUCUUCACUUCUCUCCUUACCUCUCUCAUUUUGUCAUUUUCUCCCUGCCUCCUUCCUUCAUAUUCCUCUCUUUUCCCUCUCUCUCUUUUUCUCCGUCCCAACAACCACUCACUCCCUUUUCCUCCCAUCUUUUAUCUUUAGCUCCAUUUUCUUUUUUCCACUGUCCCUUUUUUCCUUUCUCUCUGUAGCCCACCAUCACCAACCCCUGUCCUCCCCUUCCUCCUCCUCCUCCCCCUCUCUCAGUUCGCCUCCACCCCUCAUGAAGAAAAAACCUCCUCCCCUGAUCCUCCACUGGGCUUUUACGCGCCGUGCGUAAAGCGCCUCACUCCCCUGUCCGUGUCCAGAGCGCACGGAGAGAGGAGAGAGAGGAGGAGGAGGUCGUCCACGUUUUAAACCCAGAACUAAACCUCCGUCUUUCCUGCGCUGAGGACGGUUCACCUGUCUGUAAAGCUUCGGACAUUUUCGGUUCCUCGGAGCGCUUCGUUUGCGGGACACAUGCCCGAAUUCACCGGCGGGUUCACCUGAUCCUGAUGACAGAGACGUGGAUGUCCGCGCCGCUUUGACGCGGGAUCGUGAUGUUUGUUUCCUAAAAUCAGUGAAAACAUAAAGGAGAACUGGCGCCAGGCUCAGAGAGAGAGGAGGCUCUGCUGGGACGAACGCGCGCGGAUACGGAGGAUGGGGAUUUAAACUCGCAACCACCUCCAGAAAAACGACUUGUUUUUAUCCUUUAAUGGCAUCUGAGAGCCGCGAGACUGUCUCCGUGCUUUCAGUCCGAGCAGCGGGGGAGACAGAGAGGGCAGAGCCGGGAUCCGUGAGCGCCGCCGGGACCCGAGCUCCGCGCUAACCGACCCGGAGCCUCAGAGACAGACAGAGGCUGUGUGUGAGUGUGUGUGUGUGUGUGUGUGUGUGUCUGUAAAAUGCCGCUGCCGGCUGAACAUGAAUGAUCGGACAUGGAGGCCGUCAGCGCAGCCAACGACACACAGGACCUGCCCCUGCCCGACGACGACCCCGGCAGCCUCAGUUACCAUGACUACGACCCAAAUGGCGGGGCCAUGCCCCCAGCGCUGCCGACGCUGGUGUUCGAGGGAGUGAAUUUUCCAGAGGACCCCAUUAAACUGCUGAGUGUUCAGGUGGUGUUGAUCCUCGCCUACAGCACCAUCAUCGUGCUGGGGGUUCUGGGUAACUCUCUGGUUAUCUACGUCAUCUACCGCUUCAAGACGCUGCGCACCGUCACCAACUUCUUCAUCGCUAACCUGGCUGUUGCCGACCUCCUGGUCAACACGCUGUGCCUCCCCUUCACCCUCGUCUACACGCUGCAGGGAGAGUGGAAGUUCGGACGCACCUUCUGUUUCCUGCUGCCCUACGCCCAGGGGCUCGCCGUGCACGUCUCCACGGUGACGCUCAACGUCAUCGCCCUGGACCGUCACAGGUGUAUCGUGUACCACCUGGAGACCAGGAUGCGUAAGGACGUGUGUUUCGGGGUGAUAGCGUUGACCUGGGUGCUGAGCGCCGUGCUCGCCAGCCCUCUGGCCAUUUUCAGAGAGUACGGCUCCUUCACUCUGAAGCCUGGACACACCAUACAGGUUUGUACGGAGAAGUGGCCCGGGAAGAGCACGGACGGCACCGUCUACAGCAUCUCCAUGUUGAUCCUGCAGUACUUCCUGCCGCUGUCCAUCAUCUCCUUCGCCUACGCCCGCAUCUGGUCCAAACUGCGCGGCCACGUCAGCCCGGCGGAGAGCGGCGGCAACAGCAGCGCGGGCUCCGAGCGCCACCGCCGUCGCCGCAAGACCACCAAGAUGCUGGUGACCAUGGUGGUGGUGUUUGCCGUCAGCUGGCUGCCCUUCCACGCCUUCCAGCUGGCCACCGACAUCGACAGCACGGUGCUGGACAUGCGCGACUUCCACCUGCUCUACACCGUCUUCCAUGUGGUCGCCAUGUGCUCCACCUUUGCCAACCCGCUGCUGUACGGCUGGAUGAACCGCAACUACCGCGCCGCCUUCCUCGCCGUCUUCAAGUGUCGCAGGGCAGGGGGUGAGAGGGGGAGGAGCGGGCGGCUGGACAGCAUUCACCCAGUUGGGGGAGGAGGUGGGGGAGGGAGGGGGAAGAAGGUAGUGCUUGAAACCCAGGAUGUGGUGUCCACCCGCCUGAAUGCCACUGAUGUGUGAGAGCCUGAGGGAGGGGGUGAUGGAGAGGGUGAUGGAGAGGAGGGGGGAGAUGACAAGACAAUGAUGGGGAGAGAUGGAAGAGGCAGGAAGGAAAAGAAAAUCAUUGUCAGGAAAUCUUUUGUUCCCCAGAAGACAAUGGAUGCAGGAAGAAAACGAGAUUCCACAUGAAGACAGACACAGAGGGAGAUGAAGAUGUGAGAGAAAAUAGAAAGUGAGAGGAAGCCGAUGGGGGGGAUUAAAGAGUUUUUUGGAGGCCCAAAAAUAGCGUAGAUGAGCAGGGAUUAGAAGAAGAAGAAUGACAGAAGAGGAGCUGCUGAAUGAGUCAAGUUCUCCUCAACCAAUCGAAACACCGUCGCUUUGAGGAUGUGACCUCACCGUGACUUCGAGGACGUUUUUUCGGGGGGGGGGGGGGUUUGUUCUAGUGACAUUCAGCUUUGUGAGACCGAAAAAAUGAAAAGGUUUGUUUCGAUCGUACACUUAAUUGAAAAAAAAAAAAUGGAGACAUGAAAUGGGAAACUUGAAUCAUUUCUCGAAAAGAUUUGUUUCCUUGACGCUGACGAUAAAAAACUGAUUCAACGAUGACCUUGGACUUCAUCACAAAUCUUGGCGAAAUAGGGCUUUACUCCAUCCUCAUUCCACAUGUGAAGCAUCUAGCUUGUACAUUUAACCCAGAGUGGCUUACAAGGGGCGCACCAGGACACGGAGACAGACCUGAACAUGUGACCUUACGGCGAAGAUUUAAGGGGCAGGAAUAGGAGCUGAUUGUCCCCACGGUCUCCAAAAGCGUACAAAACUGAAGGCCCGCUGGGAACCGUGCAAAAGGCAUUUGUCAGGCCAAAAAAAAAACAAAACAAAACAAACGGAUUCUUGAGAUGGGACGGAGCAGAGGAGGACGAGGAUGCAUGAUGCAAGCUUUGUGAAAUCUCCAGACACUGUUACGUGAUGAAAAUGUGUGUUUAAUGUGGAUUAUCCUACAAAGAAAAGCCAGAUGUAGGAGUGUAAAACAGAAAAGACAGAGCUGGACAAAUGGAAAAUGUCAGGCAUAAUGACUGAGAGGGGAAACGGCGAGAGGGAGAGGGUGGUGAAAUACAAAUGACUCAGAUUAAAAGGGAAAUGCUUUGUUUUUCUUUUCUUUCUUUUUUUAUAGUAGAUGAAGGACAGAGAGCAAAGGAAUAAGAGACGGGACAGAAGGGAAAAAGAAAUGAGAGGAUCAGUGGGAGGAAGGAAAAGAGUGAAAUGUGGGAUAAUGAGGCAAAAAAAAAAAGCAACACGUCUCUGCAGGAGAGAGAUCUCAAAUGAACAGGCUCCAAUUUAGUGUGAAACAGCAGAGGAAGGAUCUCCUCUUACAAGCAGACAGAUGAAUGUUUGAAAAACAAAGGCCCCAGUCGUUUAUUUCACUAUGAUUUGGUCUUUUUUGUUCAUUUUGGCAGGUUAGUUUCUUUCAGCUGUCAGCAGAACGAAAUGAAGUUGCAGCCGAGAUUUCACACCCUUCACUGACUAACUUCACUAAUUAUCUGGUGUUUAGUUAAAGGGUGAUUCACACUGACUUUAAGUUUCAUUACACAAGUUAAUCAGCACAAAAAGAGAAUUAAAAUAUGAUCGAUCACAUUGAAGCUCAUUUCAGGGAUAUCUUUCUUUCCAAUAAUAUUAAAUUAUAUUUGUUACAGAGAGAUUAAUUUCAGAAUGCCUCCAAAAAUCAAUAUUUUAUUUUUGACUUUGUACAUUUCACAUCUUAAUUUCCUGUCAGAUAGAAAAAUAAAGGUCUGCACAUGCACAGUUUACAGCUGAUGUCCCAUAAGACUGUCACACUCAGGACAGUUUAAAAGAUUUAAAAGAGAUAUUGUCUUUUUUUAUUCCUCACAUUCUUUUACCUUGUGGAAAUUUGGGGCCUAAAUUACGCACAAUUCAACUUGAGCACCAACAGUUUGGCGGGGAGACUCAGGUGUGUUAUAUUUAUAGCAGCCAAUGUAGCCUGGAGCCUCAAGAAGAGAUGAGGAGCAGGCUGCAGAGUCUAACUCCAAACCACUGCCACUCAUUUUUUGUUUCAAACUUGUACAACACAACAACAAUGCCCAGAGACAGAAAGGAAAAAGACUCUCAAGCUAAAGGUAUCUGAGUAGCACUGAAUUACUCCCUGUCUAUGUCUAUUUAUAGCACCAGAGAAAGUUGAGCCAAUCUAAGGGAUAAAUUUAGGUGAAGGGUUCAGGUGUGAGAUCUGUCUGAAGCCUGAGGGCAGAAACACACACAAACUGUGGCCAGAAACUAAAUGGACCUCAUUUAUUUUGCUUGUAUCCAAACAGUUUGCUUUCACACGGAUGCCAGCGAGCUGCACGCGAGGCACUGCCAACACGCCAACGCAUCCCCCCGAACUUGGCCUCCUGUGGGCAGAUCCAUCAAGCUGCCGAUCAAAAUGCAGUACCCUGCCUGAGUCCACUAUUAUCUUGGCUCAUCCUGAUCAGUGGAGUAGAUGAGAGUGUAACAUGGCAACCCAAAAGUUGUUCUUGGCUCACAAGUGAUGUACUAAAUUUAUUAACUAUUAUAAAAGCACGUAGUUGUACCCAAACCCCAAAAGACCUGGAAAUGUACCACCCAGAACCAAACCAGAUAAUUUUAUUAGUCCCAGGCCUAUGCAGAACCAAGAAAAGUCAGACCUGAACUCAUGUCUUACCUAAUAAAGUCAGUAGUUGUCUCUCCUGGGCCCGGCUGGGAUGCAUGUAAUCCUUCCUCCUUGCCAAGAAAGUCAAGGUGAUGGAUGACAAAUGCAGCUCAUUUGUUGUCACUGCUGCUUUGCUAUCAUCUAGGACCUGCAGCAAUCAAAUGGGACCCGACCUAGAACCGUUUGGCCGUAGGAAAGAGGCAACCAAAUCUGUACAGGUCCCAGGUCGAGUCUUGGGUCCUAGGGUUUGGAUGGACCCUUGAAGACCUAUGCUUUAGAUGCCUUUUCCUCUACUGUACAGGAACUUUACUUUUAUCAUGGUUCUGCUUUUCUUUCCACCACUUUGUUGUUUGUCUCACAGCUCAACAGCACUCGCUGAACCAACAGAUCAUAAAAAUGGAGGUCCCAGUGUCACAUAUAACCAAAUGGUCCUGGUUUGUAAAACACAGAGGAGGCAGAACCUAGAACCAACAACUUCUAAAACAACUUAUUAUUAAGAAGUGGGACCCAAAAAACAUUUAUUCCAAAUUAUACUGUAUGCUGAAUGUCCACCUUUUCUCUGUCAAAUUCAGCCCAAUUGUAACACAAUGUUGUCAUGGCCAACACUUUACGAAUGUCAGGAACAAGGAACAGGCUUUGUAGUGUGACUUAAUCAGUGUGGCAAUGUGGCAUCUUGGGUGGUCCAAGACACCCACCACAGAAAAGGUCUAGCAUGUCAGAAUUGUGUAGUGUGAGCCUGGCUUUACACACUACCUGCCCGUCUCUCGUCCAUCACAAUCCCAUCAUGCUGCUCACGAGCUUCUCAUAGAAAAUGUUAGGUGUGUUUCCGUCCUAGGGCGUAGUUGCUGCGUAACAAGUUGAACUGGACAAUCUGUGAUAAGACAAGGACUGUUGUAUAAGAGACAGCUAUGUUUCAGUAGCUCCUCAUUUUUUUUUUUGGUUUGUUUUUUUAUCAGCUAAUUAAGUCUCACACACUCACACAAAAAAAAUUCUGCAGCGAGGUCUUAAUUUUCACUUUGCAAAUUAAAUUCAUUGUUCAAAAUGUUAUUACCACAGGUCACUUCAUGUGUUUAAACUUUAAUUGCCAUAUUGUAAUUACAGCUCUCCGUUUUCCUCUGGCAGGAGCUGUGUCAACAUAUUAAUUUUGUGUAAACACAGCAGGCUGAGUAACGACCCACAAACACUUUGCACAUCGUGAAUUAACAUUAGAGCAGGUUUUAGUUUAAAACUCUUAAAUAAAUGGAGGAAUAAGGAAACUGAUUAGAAAGAGACUGAAGCUUAAAUGGUGUCGUAAGAGGGGAUCAGACACCCUGCAGAUAAAAUCCUUCAUCUUUUUUGGACUUAGCCUGUGUGUUCCUCUCUUGUCUUUUCCUCUUUAAAUCCCUCAAUCAGCAGAUACUCUCUCUCUGUCUGAGCUGAGUCACUGCCUCGCCCAACCCGCAAUCCCACAAUCCCUCUGUCCCCCCCCAACUGAACCUUACCAGCUGUUUAUCUCUGUCCUCGUUUCAGCCCCUCGUCUGUCUCCUCUCCACUCUCCUUCCCUAUAAAAUGCAUGCCUCAAAAAGCUAAAUGGAGUCUUUCUCUAAGGACAGACAGAUAAUAACUAUAUGAAAUGUCUAUUUUAUUUUGGUCUGACUGAGUACAGUUUACAAUGAAGGAUUUUAUUCCAAAACAGCUGAAAUGUUGUUCUUACUCGAUAUUUUACAUGCACUUGACUGUAUCCACCAAAACAUCCACCAUUUUCUAGGCAAAAUUUUAAAAGUAUCUUUAGUAGUAAACCGUAAUGUGCUUUAGUGCAAUGACAGCAGUUCAAUGAGUUAAAAUCCCCGGAUUUACAGUUGAAUUUUGAACAGCGUUACACGUACAUGGAGGAUAAGAGAGGCAGUUUGAUGUCAUCUGGUUUGCUCUGAAUCCCCAAAGCUGUCCCACAAUGCAGUGCAUGGAGACAUCAUUGUUCACUCUUGUCAAUAGAGUUGGGAAUUGGGAGUUAUUUUGGGACAUCCAGGAUUCUUAAAGUAAAAGUCCAAUUCAUGGGAGCACUUAAAGGCUUGAAUGAACAAAAACUGGUUGAAGCUGAACUGUGUUAGAAAAUAUCUGUUUGCACAAGCCUGGAAAGCCAACUGCAUCUUCCAAGGUGCAGUUUUGGUAAUAAGUAUUGAAUCACCAGGGUUGAAGCCAUUUUCAGGUAACUGCAGAGUUACAGCAAUUAUUAAACUUUCAGAUAGUGUUCAGCAUCCAAGUCCUAAUUAGAGUGUGACUAAAGAACUAGGGUUCCAACACAUUCAAUGAAAAAAGAAAUGCCUAAAAAGUCGAACAAACGUGGAAAAUGUACCAGCACAGCAGCCUGUACUAACUUGUUUUUUAUCCAUAUGUUCUUUUUUCAACUUUGUAGCUGUAAGUUUUGACGUCUAAAAGCCUCUUUUGUCAAGAGAUGAUGUUUAACCCUCAGUGUUCAGGGUCUUAUAGGAAAUGGUUUUAGUUAAAAUGUUCCUCUGGGUUCACUUCAGCUCUCUAGAGGGUGUAACCAAGCUAAUAAACUCGCUAACUUGCUUAAAUACCUGCUUGUUAGCUCCUUAGUGCCUACUAGCAAGUGUUUCUCCUCUUUGCAGAAGCAUUAGAGGUAGUAAAAUUAUCCCCAUUGACAAAAUAAAUAAAUGAGUUUAUGUUACAAACGUGAAUCAAGUUUCAUAACUUUUGGGAUGGGAAGCAAACAAGAUGACAUCAAAAAUGUUGCAGACCUCUCCUUUACAUGCUCCUUGUGUGCUUUUCAGCUCGAUUUCAUUCAUUUGAGGAGAAGAAUUUAACAGAUUAUCAGCCUAUUCAGUUCCUCACUGAUAAUGUGUUCUGAUAAGGUUUGUGACAGGACGCAGAUGCUGCCUGACCUUUAUUAAACAUGAAUGUAAACUGCUUUGUAACAUGGCUGUAAUGUUGUACAUUGUGUAAUUCUGUGUAAAUAUUGAGUGUGUGAAAGACUGUAACCAAGCACAAACGGUUGGCCUUUACUUGUGUCCAACAACCGAUGUACUAUUCUCAAGCACAAAAACGCCUCUGGGCUCUUUCUUACUGUGUGUGCAUGUGUGUAUGCUGAAAGUUCAGAGUUCAGAAACUUUAGCCAUAAACAAGUCAGAAAUAAAUGUUUAGUCCAGUUCAGCAAGCAGUAAGCA